AUGCAGAAAGUCCAUAAGAAAAAUUCCAAUGUAUCCACUCAAAAAUCACUGGUUGCAGCGUCACAAAGUAUUUCAGUUCGUUCGACUCUCAGUCAACUAAGUGUAUCGAAUGCCAAAGUGUUUCCAUUGGAGAAUAUUCCAAUGAAACAAUUUGAUGGUACUUCAUCGACUCAAAUGACCAACGAAACAUCAUCAAACAUACCUCUUCAGUGAGUAUUAUCCGUUUCUUAUCCUCUUAUUGUGUUUACUACCGUUCGAUACAUGCUGCUAAUAGAAAUCGAACAACAACUCCUGGUAAAAUGAAAUUCAAGCCUUGGAAAAUUUUGACUUUUGGCUUGGUAACUCUUGUCGUCACCUGCUCUCUAGCAGCAUUUAUAAUUGGCUUGUAUUUUCUCAUCAUGAGUACCAAAAACACCGCUUCAAGCAACACGACAACAGGUAAAAAGAACUAUUGAUAUAUCUGAUCAAGUGUGCGAUAGAACCAAGGUGUUUAUCAAAAUGAAAGUUUUCAGAUGAAUUCUUGUCAAAAUUAGAGUAUAUCUAGCAAAAAUGAAAAACAAAGAUUGACUUAAAGAUGUUCGAUCACUUCUAUUCGAGCAUUGGCCGAGUUCUCGUGUGUUAUUCGUCAUUAUCAAAUGACGAAAUAUACAAAAAGAAUCCACACGCUCCCACUCAUAGCACCACUACGUCUUCUAACAUAACGUGAUCAUAUUGUAUUUUUAGCUGCUCCACUGGCAUUGAUUUGGAGUACAUCGGGAAUCACAGCUUACGGCACAGGAAUCUCAGGUUCCACAGCAAAUCAAUUUAAUAAUCCAAGUCAUAUUUUCUUCAAUUCAUCGAACUCUCUCUACGUUACCGACUAUGGGAAUAACAGAGUACAACGCUUUUCUGCCAGCUCGUCGUACG